UGUUACGUUGCCAGGAGCAACGGGAGCAACUCUCGCGAUGACUCCAAUGCCAAACGACUCCCUCAAGUCUUGCGAGACUUUCUUUUUGUAGCUGUUGCCCGUAACAAAAAUGGCGGCUCUUCUGAGGCGAAAGCUGGCUCCGCUGUUCGUCCUCGGGCAAAGAGGGGUGCGGGCGCUGAGGAGGAGCCCCGUCCGGGUGCUGCCCCCCGUUUCACAGCAGAGGGUCCUUCCCAGCGCCGCGCCGCCGCCUCCAUCCCGCUCCGGGCCCAAAGAGAAGCCCAAGGCCCAGGCUUGGGAAGAGGAACAGGGUCCCAGAGAGAGCGAACCACGCUACGAGAAGGCCGGGCCCGGAGACAAGAGGCUGAGCAAAGUGGUGACACUGGCCAAGUCGAGGGCCUUCCGUGAGAAGCACGGGAAGAUCCUUCUAGAAGGCCGGCGGCUCAUUUUGGACGCCUUGGAAGCAGGGGCUGCCCCCCAGACACUUUUCUUCAGCUCCACAGAGCACCUCAAGGAGCUGCCGGCCGCCAAGCUGAGAGGCGCCUCUCUCAUCAAGGUGAACAGCAAAGAUCUCAAGGACUGGUCAGAUGUCGUCACGUCUCAGGGAGCCAUUGGGAUCUUCUCCAGGCCAGAUCAUGCCAAAAUGACUUACCCCGAGGUCCCAGAAGAGCACCAGCUACCCCUCUCGCUCAUCUGUGACAAUAUCCGUGACCCCGGGAACCUGGGUACCAUCUUGAGGUCGGCAGCUGGAGCAGGAUGCAGCCGGGUGCUGCUUGUCAAAGGCUGUGUUGAUGCCUGGGAGCCCAAGGUCCUGCGAGCAGGGAUGGGGGCCCACUUCCGCCUCCCUAUUGUGUCCAACCUGGAGUGGGACCUUGUGCCCAACUAUCUCCUCCCCGAAAGCUGCGUCUAUGUGGCUGACGGCUCUCAUGCCGCCGGACCCCAAACAGACACUGGGCCACCGCCGCCCUCGCCCUCUAAGGCCUGCAGCCAUGGCUGGGUCUCCCGGUCCUCUGGGCUGAAACCCUGGGCAGAUUGGGACCGUGAUUUGGACAGCCAGGAGGAAGGGGAGGACGAGAAAACAGUGGAAGGUCAGUGCUGCUACGACCCAUGGAUGGACCUUUCUGUGGCGGUGGUGAUUGGGGGAGAAACCCACGGUGUGAGCGAGGAGGCCAUGCGCCUGGCGCAGGACACGGGGGGGAGGAGGCUGCUCAUCCCUAUCGCCCCUGGAGUGGACAGUCUGAACGCCGCCAUGGCCGCCAGCAUCCUGCUUUUCGAGGCCAAGCGCCAGCUGCGGUGGAUGCAGCAAAUCGAAACAACCCGUGUUUUGAAAUGAUGCUGAGGAAUACAUCACCCCAAACGACCUUGGAGGGCCCGCCAGUGACACUCCGCUCCCAUCGAAACGGCUCUUGCAUCUCCAAAGCAGGAGGAAAGGGGCAUAAGGUUAGUUACAAAAUAUGGUUUGCUGAAACCCGACUUCAGUAUUUGGCAGGACGGAUUCGGAUGCAGCAUGACCUGCGUGCCUCCCUUCCUUCCUCCUCCAACCCCAUACUGUUUGUUCAGGCCAGUUUGUGCCACUGCCUAGCUCUGCUAUCGCUUCCUUCUUUCAUUUCCAAUGCUGGGUGUGCAAACCCCUCUUUGGAAAAUAUGUGCCAUUUCCUAGAAUUUUUCCCCCUCCCCAUUUGUCUCAGAAGGCCUGCCAUCUCACACAGAUGGCUUCCAAAUGUGAAAAACAAUUGGCUUAUUUACAAGGUCAAAUGUUCAUAGAAUUUAAAAAAUGCUCAUUUUCUCUCUUGUCCAUGUCUUUUCCUCUUGGUGUCUGAGUGGGAGUAAUAUGUCAAAGCCUUAACAAUUCGCAAAACUAGGUUGAACUAACUUUCAGGUCAGGGAAAGUCUUUUUGUCAUAUGUUCUGUACCAAAAGGGAGACUUCUGCAUUAUCUCAAAGCUUGCCCAGCUAGGUUUAUAUCCCUAAAAAGGUAGUCUGAAAUGCUACUUUUGUGUUCAUAAACGUAUGUCAUUUGCCUUCAAAAGUUGUAGUGGUUUGAGUCAAAGGCUAUGGCUUCCACUGUAGGAACAAACCUUUGGUCUGUUUGUCUUUGGAAACGAGUUAAAGACCCCAAACAACAAAGUCAACUUAUCAUUAUUUUUUUUGAGGGGGGGUGUUAGCCAGAUUUGUUCAAAGCCUUUGCCACUGCCUUCCUCAGAGGCUGAGAGAGUAUGACUUGCCCAAAUUGGGUAUUUCAUCGAAACCCAGUCUUAAAUUAAAAAAACCAUUUAAACUCACUGGCUCAUCCAUAUUGUUUUCAGUUAGCAACACAGUAAUAAAAAAAACAUUCUGGGUAAGGGGUUGGACUGGAUAGCCCAUGAGGUCUCUUCCAACUCUGAUUCUAAGUGCAUUUUUGCCACGAGAUGGCAGUAUAUUUAUGUACCGUAUUAGGAUUCCCAGUCAUGAGGGUGGAGUUGAAGACAUGUCACAGCAACAAGAUUUUGUGCCAAAAAAGAAGGUGGGAUGUGGAAAAGGCAUCCUGCCGGAAAUUGAGUCACAUAGUUAACACCUAAAUAUGCUUUGUAACACUCAAAUAUCCUACCUAUAAAGCAGAAUCGGGCCCAUUAGACCUCAAGUAAAAUAGGAAAUGGCAAAAGCCCACUUUCUCUGCGCUGAGGUCAAACUAAAUGCCCCCAAAAAAUCAGAUGAGGCUGCAAAGUUUGCCCAGCCCACGCUUGUAACAUUUGGGUAGUAGGUUUUUCAAUCCAGGUAAAAGGGAAAAAAACAGCUUAACAUUAAGGAAAGGGAAGCAUCUUUUCUCUAAAACAUGCUAAACUGUAGUCUUAAGUUUCAUUGCAUUUGUUGCAAACCACGCCAAUGACAAGUUCGGUUACCAGAAUGGUUUUUAUUACAAAUUUCCCAUUGCCAUGUACAGUUUUUUACCAUUUCCCCACUGCCUGCUUUGAGUACAAAUAGGGUGAUCAUGGAAGAGGAAAGGCGAAAGGGGCAAAAUACCCAAAAUAAUCCUGGGAUUCAAGGCUAGUUUCAUGAUCCUGAACAUCCAACGGGACUUUGGAUUCUGUGCUUCAAUGAUGACAGCUGUGUCUAAAGUUACCCCCCACUUACCUUUUCUGCUAAGUCUUUGGACACAAUAUACCUCUCCCUCUUUCGCUACUUUCAACCCAGAAGCGAGAAAAGUUCGACAAGGCAAAGAAAUAGAAACCGGCGUCAAAGAGUCCAAUCGGCUGUAAGAUCCUGGCUUAGCUUUGGGGCUGAAAUGGAAAAAUGGCCCACCUUCUGAAGAUUUCUUUUGUUGUUGACAUAUGGGGAAAUGUGGGUGUAUGGUUCAUGAGGGUGCUUCUUUUUGUCGCAGAGAAGUUGAAGGACAUUUUCCCCUCGAACAAAAGAAACUCGACAGCAACAAGUUGCAUCAGUCAAUGCAGACAUACUUCUUUCUUAGCCACUACUGGGCGUAUUGCUUUGUCUCGUAUGGGUUUGGGGCACGGUGAACCCCAAGCGUUGCUGUAUUUAAAGCGAGGAUGACAUCCCUGUGAGAAGAUCUCUCUGAUGCGUUGAAGCCCAGACACAAGGAGCCUCCCCGUAUCUUCAGCACCUUUAGAAGAGUCGAAUCGAGAGGAGUAUUUUUCGAAAGACUGUUGAGAUAAAGAGUUGGGUUUCUGCACCGAGUUUGGCAAUUAUUAUUCUUUUAAAUAAAGUCCAAGGAGGGAAAGCGCCACUCCGCUUUAGAUGGGUUCGGGCUUCAGUUUGUCCACCAGAAAGUCGUUCACAAAGGCCUCGACGAUGUCGGGCGUGAUCUCCUCCACGUCCAUGACGUACUUGGCGCGAGCCGACAUGUCCAGGAUGGUGAGGAGCGGGGCGGCCUCUGGGAGGUUGGUGUAAUCCCGCAAGGAGUCAGUCAUGUCGUCCUACGGAAAUACGAGCAAAGAGAAGGAACCUGAUUAAACCGCUUCUGGAAAGGCCAAGAAAGAAGCCCAUUUCUAUUAUAAGGGCUUUUCAGACCUUUCUCAUCCUCUGUCUAGCUAGGUUUUUUAGCAGCAUUAGGAGAAUUGGUAAAAACAACAAUUUAUGUGAUCAGGCUGCAGCGUUAUAUCUGUAAUAAAGUGUCAGCUAGAAAAGAAUGGGGUUCUAGUCCAGCCGAUCGGUUUAAACCAAUGGUUCACAAUCUUUGGGCCUCCAGGUGUUUUGGACUUCAACUCCCAGAAAUCCCAGCCAAUUUACCAGCUGUUAGGAAUUGUGGGAGCUGAAGUCCAAAACACCUGGAGGCCCAAAGUUUGGGAAUCACUGGUUUAAAUAGUGGCUGCAUCCCUUCCUGAAUAAAUGCAAAGAGCAAAACAUGGCAGAAAAGGGGAGUGCAGACAUGCCUGCCCCGUCCACCAACAUGUUUAAAAAGCAUGUAGGAAUUGUAAGGUAUCUAUUGCUAGAUCCUAAUAAAAGGGGAAAGCUGUCGCCAGGCUCCUCUUACAAGCCACUGUCAACAAUCCUGCCUCCUAGCCCUGCCUCUUGUCAAUCAAGACACAAUGGAAACCUGGGUCAGGGCUGAAAAUGACCCACUGCCAAGAAAAAAAAAGUUAAAUUCCCUGCCCUCUAACAGAGGUGAAACCUUCUCCUACUUUUAUAUCAGAGGUGAAGGAGACCAUAAAUGCAGGAGUCUUCUGGAUAACCAUGGGACCUAGUGAUGCAGGGGUUUGAAUGUUGGAGCAAGACUCCAGAGACCAGAGGUCAAAUCCCCGCUGGCUAUAGAAACCUAACAAGUAUAUCCUUGGAGAAGGUGGCAAACAGAACAUUUCUCUGAAUAAAUCAGAGAAUAGCCCAUAAUAGGCUUGAAUUAAGCUGGAAGUAAGUCUCUUCGUCCAAGGCUCUUUGUCCAACAGGGUCGGCAGCAGGUCAACUCCCAGGAGAAGGGUCUCUCACUGACCCACAAAAGGUGUUCAUCCACCUACUUGCUUCUCUAUCCUUUAUUGAUUUUAAAGGAGGCAUAUGCUUAGAAUACAAAUAAACACAAAACGCCAGCUCCACCUUGCCAGCCACAGCACCCAUAAAUCAAGGUGGGGCACUCCCCCUUCGAGAAGGUGAUGAAUGGGUCAUUCAGGGGUCUGUCGAGAGGAGGAGCCGCCGGCAAGCAGAUGGCGCUUGGGAAUGAAUGAAGGGCAGUGUUGUUUUGUCCCGGUUUUUGUGAGAAAAGGCUUGAAAAAUGGAAGGCUUGAGAAGGGGAGGAAUACAUUUCCCCACAUCGAUUUGGGAAGGCUUUUUUUUAGGGGAGGGGCAGGACCUUUGUUUUGGAGCCUGCUUUUCCCAACAAAGGGGUACAUUCAGACGUCCCAGAGGUGGUGGGGUGGCAAAGGAAUCCCUUAUCCAGAGCCAAAAAAAGAUUUCUGGAAGGCAAAGGAGUGCUGUCUGCAUCUAUUUUAGGUCAUUGCUUCUUCCAGGCUCCAAACAUCGGAAAGAUAAUGCAAAACUAUUUUCUAGCGGGGUUUGUUCCCAAAGUAUUGGAAGACACUCUUGUUUUAAAAGCCAUUGUAAUAUACAGUAAUUGUAUCUUAACUGCUUUAGGGUAUAUGUUGUAAUGUUUUACUCAUGUUUUAGUUUACUAUGUCUUAUUGGAUUGUUUUUAUUAUUUUGAUCUCAAUGCUAAAUAAUAAUAAUGAUAAUAAUAAUAAAAACAAUCCAAUAUUAUUUUCAUCUCAAUGCUGGAGCCUCUGGUGGCCUAGGAGAUAAAAGCCUUGUGACUUGAAGGUUGGGUUGCUGACCUGAAGGCUGCCAGGUUCAAAUCCCACCUGGGGAGAGCGUGGAUGAGCUCCCUUUAUCAGCUCCAGCUCCAUGCGGGGACAUGAGAGAAGCCUCCCACAAGGAUGGUAAAACAUCAAAACAUCAGAGCAUCCCCUGGGCAACGUCCUUGCAGACGGCCAAUUCUCUCACUCCAGAAGCAACUUCUUCGUGCUCCUGACACGAAAAAAUAAAUAAAUCUCAAUGCUUAAUUUUUUGUUGUUAAGUUUACUGUUGUUACGGUGCAUUAUGUUGUAUUAUUUUGAUGUGUUUGUACUCAUCUGAGGCACUGAAUGUUUGCCUUUUUGUUCAGUGUCUGUAAACCAUCCUGAGUCCUUUCAGGGAAAGUGGGUGGUCUAGAAAUAAAGUUUUUUAUUAUUA